AUGCCGUUACCCCAUGUGGAAGAAUCGAUUACGGAAUUGAAGCGCGUGUUUGGAAUGGUGGGGAAACAGCCAGUGGGUGUCGGUGUGCUUACAAACCACGAGGGGAUGUACCCGGGAGACGAGACUUUUGAUCCAUUGUGGGAGUACCUGCAAGAGAGAUCCGCAAAGAUGGGAGGCGAUGGGAGGGAGGUGGUCUUUGUGCAUCCAACGGAGCCCAUCAUCAAGCUCGACGAUGGCCGAUUGAUAAACUCUCGACCAUCACCCCUUCGCUCCGGUCUCGGAGAGUUCUACUUCGAAACCGCGCGCGCCAUCUCGAGUCUAACAGCCUCAUCCACAUUCCUCAAGUUCCCGUCCCUCCAUUUCCGCAUCUCCCACGGCGCAGGCGCUUUCCCCGAUAUCUCCGAACGUUUCCUUCUCGGCUUCCCCAACAUCUCGACCGCAGCAAGGGAAGCCUACAAAACGCGCUUUUGGUACGACAGUGCAGGUCCAGUUUGGCCAAAUCAGGUCAAAGGGCUGACGGAAGGAAUGGGUAUUCCAGUUAGUCAGAUGGUGUUUGGCACGGAUUAUCCGUAUGGCAUCGGCUUUUGGGAUGUGGAUGCUAAUAUUGAUGGGUUGGCUUGGGCGGGGGAAUUGAGGUUUGAGGAGAAGGAGAGGGUGUUUUGGGGGAAUGCGAAGGAGUUGUGGAGAGGGAAGAUUGCCGUGUUGGAUGGUAUGGAAGAGUAG